CGGAAGACCUUCAGCGGUGCCCUGGCUGUGAGCGUGGAGGGAGACGGACGGGCCCUCGGGUUGCAGAUAUGUGUAGCACACCGACGUACUGUGACCUAGGGAAGGCUGUCAAGGAUGUCUUCAACAAAGGAUAUGGCUUUGGCAUGGUCAAAAUAGAUCUGAAAACUAAGUCAUGUAGUGGAGUGGAAUUUUCUACUUCUGGUCAUGCCUACACUGAUACAGGGAAAGCAUUGGGCAACCUAGAGACCAAAUACAAGGUCUGUAAUUAUGGACUUACCUUCGUCCAAAAAUGGAACACAGAUAAUACACUUGGAACAGAAAUAUCCUGGGAGAAUAAGUUGGCUGAUGGAUUGAAACUGACGCUUGAUACCAUAUUUGUACCGAACACAGGAAAGAAGAGUGGGAAAUUGAAGGCAUCCUAUAGACGGGACUGCUUCAGUCUUGGCAGUAGCAUUGACUUCCAAAGAAUUGUAUCCCUCCCCAUAUCGAAGUCUACAGAGAUCGCAGGUCCAUUCUAA